AUGCAUCACGAAUGCAAGUGCGCGAGUGGCACCGGUUAAAGCCAGCGACAUCGAUAACGGUUGUCAGACCAAACAAAUCGCGUCCUUUGCAAUGUGCAACAGGUUGCGGUCAAUUCGGUUCGCGUUAUUUACUAUGUUAUGCACGGUACGUAAUGAAUUGUGGCUUUGAUAGCGCAAUUGAAAAAGUGAUUGUUGCAUGUAAAACAGGCGCAAUUUUACACGAAAACUUUAAAGUCAUAAAACUUAACUGUGCCAGCGCUCUGGCUUAAAACAAUACCAAGAACCUGUAGGUAAAUGAUAACAAACUGCUUCAAGGAAGCAGGUGGCUUGGAGGUGUCAGUGCAGGGAGACCUUUUAUGAACCGCAAAACGGUGACUAAUUGAGGUAAACGGGAGACACCAUACUCGUAGUCACGUUUGAACCGGCAGUUUCCGCGCGCGCGAUAGCUUCGAUGAGCAACGGCAGCGAAUAUAAUUAUUUACGUACGACCGAAGUGUGCUAGCGACAAGCCAAACUUUCAAUUGACAAAAGGCAAAACCGACAAAAAUUGAAUUAAAAAUUCAUGGUGUGAAGUACGUACCAACGCAAGCCCGGGGGAGCCUACCAGCAGCAGCAGCAGCAGCAGCAGCAGAUCGACUGCCAAUCUUAAAGGUACAUUUGUGAAGGGAUGAAUAAAUAUAAAAAAACGAGACAUAAAAGUACAUAAAAAUUGCACGAGAAAAUCUACCACUGAACAGAAGUUGAGAAAGAAAAAAGCAUUCGUGACAUAAAGACACAAUGGCAGUUCAGAAUACGGUGACAGGUCAGUUGUAAUGCAGCGUGAUUAAUUGAAAAGUUCUUAACGAAGUAAGUCUGUGAGUUCAGUGCAAUCUGUAGAAUAAUUUGAAGAAUAAACGGAUCGCCAGACCACCGGCCGCGAUUGGAAAAAAGUUUCGAUCUGAGGGAUCUUGACAGUUCAUCUGAUACUGGCUGAGCGAAUGUGCAGCUGUAACAACGAACUCGUAGGAUAGCGGAUAAAUCAAUUAACUGCAUCAGAAGCUCCUGAACAACAAUGGCAACAGCCGAAGCAACAUCGAACCUCAUCCUUUCGGACCGCCUAAGUGCUCCCAUGCUAACACGCCGAAAGUUUAGUUUUCCUGCUAGUUUACAUUCCACAGUGCUGCUAGGAGAUUCGCUUAAUUCCGGACCUUUGCAGCCAACAAGCACUGCCUCGGCCGCGCGACGUAGACUGAGUAACGUUAGCGAUGUCGUCACUAGAAAACUAUCCAGCACCAUCGGUUGGAAGCAGCCGGUCGUUCCAUCGCAGGAUAUCAUUACCCAGGGGAAGUGUCUCUGCGGUCAGUACAUACGAUGCAGGCUAAAAAAGUCCGGCGUAUUCAAUCGGAAGUUAGGAUUACAACGAAUUAGGAGCAUCGUUGGAACACCCUCGAUACAUGUUGUUCGGGAGGUCUUUCCUGCGCUGUUAAGCGUGAGCGACGAACUAGAGCGAAUGUAUCCACGAGUUUACAACGGAAUAGCUCGACAACUAACCCGGAUUGGUCGCGGUGAACUAAAGACUCCGGAGACUGCCCCAGUGCUGCUCAGUGCAAUUGCACGCGAUUUGUUCAAAAACGACAUCACCUGGGGUAAAAUAGUGUCACUGUUCGCCAUUGCCGGCGGCCUUUCGGUGGAUUGCGUCCGCCAAGGACACCCGGACUAUCUUCCCAAGCUGAUCGAAGGAGUCGUCGAUGUGAUCGAGGACGAGCUGGUCGUUUGGAUUUCCGAAAACGGUGGUUGGAUUGGUCUUGCAAAUAAGGUGCGACCACCGCCGGAAGAAAUCACUUUCGCUGGACGAUGUUUCGUCGGAGCUAGUUUAGUUGUUUUUUUAUUCGUGUUAGUUUAUUUGUUGAAAACACUAGGUUUGUAUUUAUUUCCGAAUAUAUUUACGUAACGGAACCCAGCUGAACUCUUUAUUUAGUGCGAAAAUAAAAAAGAAUAAUUCCAGUGAA